GCGCAGCUACGCAUUUCCGCUAGUUUCAACGUCACCGCGCCACCUGAGAGAGAAGCUCAUAAACAAUCGCGUCUCAACUCUAAAAGUUCUUUGUUCAUUUUUAGCGUUAGCUACAAGCCAAGCUCCACGAUGGUCGAUAAGAUGAAUAUGUCUCUGGACGACAUCAUCAAGCUCAAUAAGAAGGGAAGCAGCGGCCGCGGUGAGGGAUCGUCGAGGCCGGGUGGAAUUUCAGGUCGGGCCGGUGGAUCGUCGAGGCCGGCGCGGAAUCGACAGAAUAACUUCAACCGUGAGAGAAACAACAGACCCACACCAUACACCAGGCCCAGGGAGUUACCGGACAAAUGGCAGCAUGACAUGUUUGAGGAGCACACUGGUGGACACAGAGGACAGAGUGCAGGAGCAGAAACCAGCAGCUCGCCACUGGGAAAGCUGCUGGUUUCUAAUCUGGACUUUGGUGUCUCUGACUCUGAUAUCAAGGAGUUGUUUGCAGAGUUUGGAACAAUAAAGAAAGCUUCUAUACACUACGACCGGUCUGGUCGCAGUAAAGGAACUGCUGAUAUCCACUUUGAAAAUAAGGCAGAUGCACUCAAAGCCAUGAAGCACUAUAAUGGUGUUCCACUUGAUGGCCGCCCCAUGAAAAUCCAAGAAGUGACCUCAGAGGUUGAUGCACAGAAUAGACAAUCUACACAAAGAGGCUUUGACCGGAGCAGGCUUGGACAGCCAAAGUUUGAAAGGAGUGAAAGGACUGGCAGGACACAAGGUGGUACCAGUAGAAGCUUCAGAGGCCGGGGAAGAGAAAGUAGACCCCAGCUUUCUGCUGAGGAGCUGGAUGCCCAGUUGGAUGCUUACAAUGCCAAGUUUCAGAUGGACACCAGUUAAAGUGCUCAGAGAGGAUGCUACUCCUUCUUUUUAGUCUGAAUUGGUUGAAUGCAAUGGAUUGGAUCUUAUUACGCUCAUGUUUUGAAGCCAUUUUAUUGUAAGGACCAUGAUUAUCUGUUGAUUAUAAUAUUUCUCAGUAUUUUUGUAGCCAUGUUUUCUGGGGCAGUUUUAUGUUCUGAGGAUUUUUCUCUUAGACCACCAGCUCCAGUGUUCUUUUCCAAAUGUGUGGACAAUUUCUUUGAACUUUGAACAGGAUUGUUAUUUUUUUUUUAAUCACAUUGUUUGCAAGACUGUUUAAUUUUAAAACUGUAAAAUGUAGUAGUUAUAGAGUUGCCUUUUGGCACUGUGUACAUGGACAUAUUUCAAAGAGUUUUGUACAUAAAGAAUUAUAUAGAUUCA